GAUAGAUGGUCUGCUUAUGGCGAUUUGAAUAUUGAGAACAAGACAAGUCAUGUGCUCUGUCUUUAACCUGCAACAGUAUUCUGAUUGAUGUGAUUCAGCUGGGGAGUGGCUCCUACUGGUCCAUUCUUGUCGACCCUUUUUCUGAGUGGGUUGCUAUCAUGGAUAGCACAAAUAACCAGGAGACCCAAAAUGUUCUGAAAAGUUUGCUGCAGUCAACAUCCUCACUAAUAAUUGUUCAGGUUACAUACAGGCUGUUCACCUUUAUUACGAAUGCUGUUGUUUUACGCUACAUAAGUCCUGAUGUUUUGGGAAUCAUCAAUGUCAGGCUGGCACUGCUCUACUCCACGGCCACGUUCGUCAGCUGCGAGGCGUUCCGUCGCGUGGCGCUGGGCGUGUCCGAGCCGGCCAAGUGGCGCCAAGCCAUCAACCUGCUCUGGCUCAGCGUUCCCGUCUCGGUGCUGGUGUCGGCCGCGCUCGCCUGGCUUUGGCUGCACGCGCUGAGCCAGCCGGCCGCCGAGGUCACGUCCGAGUACCGGCUCGGCGUCUGGGUGACGGCCGCCAUGGUGGUGCUGGAGGCGCUGGCGCAGCCGCCGGCUGUGCUCGCGCAGGCCAUGCUCUUCGUGAAGCUGAAGGUGACGGCCGACAUGCUGACGCUCUGUAGCCGCGUGCUGCUCAAGGCCUGGCUGAUCGUCAGCCAUCCGUCGCACGCCGUGUGGGCCUACUGCGUCAGCCACGCGGCCAGCUCGCUGCUGCUGGUCACCAUCUACUACGGCGCGCUGGUGUGGCACGUGCGCUCGGCACCCAACUGUCUGCCGGUGCGCUCCGUCGGCGAGCUGGGCUUCCGCCGGCUGCCGGACAAGCCUACCUUUGACGCGGCACAGACGGCCCUCACCUGGAGCUUCUUCAAGCAAGGCCUGCUAAAGCAGCUGCUGACCGAGGGCGAGCGCUACCUCAUGACCGCCUUCCACAUGCUCGACUUCGCCGAACAGGGCGUCUACGACGUGGUGGCCAACCUGGGUAGCCUGGCCGCCCGCUUCCUCUUCCAGCCGGUCGAGGAGAACGCCUACGUCUUCUUCGCCCGCACGGUGCAGCGCGGCAAGGCGCUGUCGCCGGCCAGCAGCCGUGUGCUGCACGACCUGCUGCGCGGCAUGACGCUGCUGGGCCUGCUGGCUGUCACCUUCGGCUGGAGCUACUCACACCUGCUGCUGCGGCUGUACGGCGGCGCGCUGCUCACCGAGGGCGGCGCUGUGCGCCUGCUGCGCGCCCAGUGCUGCUACGUGCUACUGCUGGCCGUCAACGGCGUGCUCGAGUGCUACACCUUCGCCGUCAUGAUGCAGGAUGAGAUUAAUGGGUACAAUAGGAGGCUAGUGACCUUGUCUGUGAUAUUCGUGGGCUCAACAUGGAUCCUCACGAAGUGGUUCGGUGGCGUCGGCUUCAUUUUGGCAAACUGUGUCAACAUGCUGAGCAGGAUAUUCGUAUGUUACCGGUUCGUCUCCCGCCGGCCGUGCGACCCGGCCGUC